CGCGAGCUGAAAGUGUGCCCCGCCGCCUGUUACGUCACAGUCGAAUGGACGAGCUCGCGCUGAGUGCCGAGCAGCCGGCGCUGGAGCGCCUGCCGGUGGGCGGAGAGGAUGCGGCCUCUGGUCCGGGGCUCGGCGCUGCUGCUCUCCGCUUCAGCAGGCAUGCGGGUAACCCGGGGGGAGCCGUGCGCUUCCUGCCCAGGGCCGGGCGGGAUGAGGCUGAGGGAGAUGGCGGGUCGGAGCUGGGCUCCUCUUCCUCGUUGCUGCUCUUGUAUCCGGAGAAGGAGCCGCUCCUGAGCUGUCCAAGUCCAGUCGACAGCGGCUGUGAUCACCCGCAGAGCCCCGGCAGCCAAGGGCCUGACCUCAACCACUUCCCCGAGGAUCCCGAGUUCACCGACAUUGUCUUGCGGGCCGAGCAGGCCAUCGAGAGCGGCGUCUACCCGGAGCGGAUCUCGCAGGGGUCGAGCGGCAGCUACUUCGUCAAAGAUCCCAAGAGGAAAAUAAUUGGAGUGUUCAAACCAAAAACAGAAGAGCCCUAUGGGCAAUUAAAUCCAAAAUGGACCAAAUUUUUCCACAAGACCUGCUGUCCCUGCUGUUUUGGCCGUGGUUGUCUCAUACCUAAUCAAGGUUAUUUGUCAGAAGCUGGUGCCUACCUUGUAGAUGAAAAACUGGGUUUGGGAGUUGUACCAAAAACCAAGGUAGUUUGGCUUGCAAGUGAAACAUUCAACUAUAGUGCAAUAGAUCGUGCAAAAUCCAGAGGAAAGAAAUAUGCUCUUGAAAAAGUGCCAAAGGUUGGUCGCAGGUUCCAUAGGAUUGGACUGCCGCCAAAGGUUGGCUCCUUUCAACUGUUUGUAGAAAGUUACAAGGAAGCAGACUACUGGCUUCGAAAAUUUGAAACCGACUCUUUGCCAGAAAACACUCGCAAGCAAUUUCAGUCUCAGUUUGAGAAAUUGGUGAUCUUAGAUUACAUCAUUAGGAAUACAGAUAGAGGAAAUGAUAACUGGCUAAUGAAAUAUGAAAAGCCAGAAGCCAGAAAAGAGCCUUCUGAUGAGGACUCUGAAUGGACACAUUGCAAAGAACCUGUCAUUAAAAUUGCAGCAAUCGACAAUGGAUUAGCUUUUCCAUUUAAACAUCCUGAUGAGUGGAGAGCCUAUCCAUUUCACUGGGCUUGGCUUCAUCAGGCAAAAAUUCCUUUUUCGCAAGAGACAAGAGACUUUGUUCUUCCCCGAAUUUCAGAUAUGAAUUUUGUUCAGGAUCUUUGUGAGGAUCUAUAUGAACUCUUUAAGACCGACAGAGGGUUUGACAAACCCACUUUUGAAUUGCAGAUGUCUGUGAUGAGAGGACAGAUUUUGAACCUUACCCAGGCACUUAAAGAUGGGAAAAGCCCCAUUCAACUGGUCCAGAUGCCUCGGGUGGUUGUGGAAAGAAGUAGUUCGGGAAGCCAAGGCAGGAUAGUGCACCUGAGCAAUGCCUUCACCCAGACAUUUCAUUGCAGAAAACCCUUCUUUUCAUCUUGGUAGUGAAUGUUUAAAGAAACUAAUCUGCCGUUUGGAUGAUUUUGAGCUACCUGUUUGAUACCACUGUAAAUAUGCAAUAAGGUGAAAAUGAAAGGGGACAGCUUGAAUUGCACUGAAUGUCUCCUUUGUGGAAGCAUAAAUGAAGUGAAACUUAUCUACUGUAUCUUACCUGCCAAAAAUAGUUGCUUUGGUGUAAUUCAUCAAAUGUUAAAUGCUGAAAGUAAAGUUUACAUUUUUUGCUAUGUGAAAUUUUGAACAAAUUUGUCAGGGAACAUAUAAACUACUGUCUUAAUGUAUUUUUAUACUCUUAUAUGCAUCAAAAAUUUUCCAACAGUAAUGUAUUAAAUAUCUGGGCAAGGUGUCCUAAAGGGAAUUUCUUGAAUAAAGAUAUUUGUGUUUGUAUGUUCAGAUCAAAAACUUGUAAUUUCGUACAGAGGAUGAGAAAAUGUUUUUGUAAACAACACUGAUCACUAUUUCUUUCAUUGAAAGGCAUUAAAAUAUUGUUGAAACUU